AUGGAUCGGUGCCUCGCCGCGGAACGUCAUACAUCAAAGAUGAUGUCAUCUCACCGCAGAUCGUCACAUCUCAUCAAAGAUGUUCAAGUCUCACCGCGGAUCGUCAUACUUAUCAAAGAUGAUGUCGUCUCGCCGAGGAUCGUCAUAUCUCAAAGAUGUUCAAGUCUCGCCGCGGCUCGUCAAACAUCAAAGAUGAUGUUGUCUUGCGCAGAUCGUCACAUCUCAUCAAAGAUGUUCAAGUCUCGCCGCCUCUCGUAA